CCACAUUUAUAAAAAAAGAUACUCGAAGGGUGUUAGAAAUGCAAUUCUGUCGUGAAAUGCAGGAAGAGGGAGCAAAUAUCACUGUCAAUUCAGUUCAUCCGGGUCUGAUAAUGACGAAUCUCAUGAGACAUUCAGCCUUUUUGAUGAGAAUCUUAAGGGUUUUCACUUGUUUACUGUGGAAGAAUGUCUCUCAGGGGGCAGCUACAACUUGCUACGUCGCCCAUCAUCUAAGUUUAAAGGGAGUGACUGGAAAGUACUUUUCUGAUUGCAACGAGUAUAAGCCAAGCAAGCUUGCACGAGACGAAGUGUUAGCUCGGAGUCUUUGGGAUUUCAGCAACAAUCUGAUAAAUGCAUCUCAAAAGAUUAUUGAUAAGUAGAAGAGAGUCAUUGGAAAUCCUGCAA